CGGAUCCAAAUUUCAUACUUGCACUGGCCCGAUAUCCGACUGACUCUCCAUGGAGCGAGUUGAUCAUCCUUUCUCUGCUGCUGGACAUUGAAAGUAUUUGGUAAUCGAAUAGCUUCUUGAGCUUGCCACGAAAAGGGGAGAGGCUUUUGCAAAUGGGAUACAUACAGGAGGCGCGUGAAAAUCACGUGAAGAAGAAAGUCGAAGAAGCUUUAAGAAGCAAAAUGAAGCAGAAGGCACUUAAAGAAUGUGAUCAAUUGACUUCCAAAUACGCACAAUGUGCCUCUGGAAGAACCCUUUCUGUUGUUUGGCAGUGUCGCGAACAGGCUAAAGAACUCAACGAUUGCCUACAUCAGUUCACAAAUGAUGCUGUCUUGGAAGAGAUGAAGAAAGAAUACAUGCUUCAACAAGGUGGUAAGGGUCAGUAAAAACGUAAAGGGUUUACCAAGAAAGAAUUUGAAGCAAAAUUGGGUCGAUGAUUUGAAAGUUUUAGAUGAUUCAUUUGUAUUCGAGUUAUGUAAGAGCCCUGCCUUUUUUCUAUUUUACUAUUAUAGACAACCAUGUUUAUGGAUUACGGAUUAAAAUUAGAUGUAUCUUUGAACAGUGAUCUCAAAUUAGUAAAAUUGGAGCAUUUAUUGAGUUAUUUAA